UACCACCACAAAUAGAUAAAUAUGGUUAAUUUGAAUUUGUUUUCUUCUAUAUUUGGAUUUUUUUUUGUUAUCAUCAUGCAUUAUUUAACUUCUUGUUUGUCACAAAUGAAAAAGUUAAAUAGAAAAGAACAUCACAAAAAAUAACACAAAAUCACUACAAAAAAAAAACCAUUUAGCGGGGGGUUUUAAGCAAUUUUGCGGGGUUUUCAACCUCCGCAAAUUGUUUUGCAGUGGAAACGGAGAAAUUCCUCCGACGGCGGAGGGUUUCUCCGACGGUGGAGGGAGCACUGCAUUUUCUCUUUCGUUUCUUCAACCUUGUAUUUUCUCAUAUCGUGCCCCCUUUUGUUGUUUUUAGAAAGAUCUUUUAAGAAAAAAGCGCUAGAGCAAGAAAAAAUAAAUUAUAAUAAAAGCGUCGGAGGGAAAAUAGAGCCGGAAGUGGAAAAAAAGACAUUUCAUUCUUCGGGGUUUACAACCUCCCAAAAUUGAAAGAGUAUUUGUUCACAACCGUGUCACCUUUUCACAAACUUGGGGGGUUUAUUGAAACCGCCGAAAAAAAUCACCGCUAAAUGGCAUGUUUUUUGUAGUGAAUUUCAAUUCAUAUAUUAGAAGAAAAAUUGGAGGAAUUAAUUAACUAUGUCGACUGCAUGUUAUGAUGUGCCUGUGCAUAAUCCUAAUCAAAUAUGGCAAACUGAUAAUAUCCUUUUCAAGGAGCUCCCUACUCUUGCCUUUCAAAUUGCCUUUACCACAACUAUAUCUCGUUUCUUUUUCUUUGUCUAUAAACCUUUUCAUCAAUCUCAGCUCAUUUCACAAAUCUCUACUGGUAUUUUUCUAAUUCAAGUUCUUUCGAGAAUUCCAAAUGUUUUCGACUUCAUUUUUCCUGGAUCUGGGGUGAUUAACAUUGACGUUGUAACACAUGCUGGUGUCGUAUACUACGCAUUCCUAACUGGUUUGGAGAUGAACUUGGAUACCAUUUUACAUGUAAAAAAGAAACCCGCAACCAUUGCGAUUUUAGGAUUCAUCUUUCCAAUGGUGAUGGGACCAGCUUUAUACACUCUACAUCGAAACGUUUAUGGCAAUGGUGAGAAAUACCCACUUGAAGAAGGUAGAAUGAAUGCUUAUGUAAUGUGGACUUUAGUUCUCACUGUGACAGGAUUUCCAGUUGUAGUUCAUGCACUUACUGAGCUCAAACUUCUUUAUACUCGUCUUGGUAAGAUUGCAUUAACAACAGCUAUGAUCAGCGACACAUAUGCUUGGAUUUUAUUCACAUUAGUUGUUCCAUUUUCAAUUAAUGGUACAAGGGCAAUAUACUCAGUAUUAAGCACCGUAAUAUUUGUUUUCAUUUGCAUCUAUGUGGCGCGUCCUAUCAUUGUAAAGGUCAUUGAUCGCAAGACAGAAAAAGAUGAAUGGGAUGAUAACCAAUUACUCUUUGUUGUGAUGGGAAUUUUUGUUUGUGCAUACAUAACAGACACUCUUGGCACACAUGGCAUUGUUGGGGCUUUUGUGUAUGGGUUGAUUUUACCACACAGUAAAUUUGCUGACAUGGUAACAUCAACAACUGAUGAUUUUGGUGGCGCGUUUUUAGUACCACUUUACUUUAGUGGCAGUGGAAUGCGCCUCUCGUGUAGUAUCAUUUUCCAGCAACCAAAUUGGCCUUUAACGCUUAUGGUUAUAAUCUUGUUAUGUGUUCUAAAGAUUUUAAGCACUUUGUUUGCCACUUUCUUUUUUGGCAUGCGUAAUCGGGAUGGUUUUGCUCUAGGCAUAAUUCUUAAUACCAAGGGUGCUGUUGCACUAAUGAUGCUCAAUACGGCUUGGGAUAAAUCGAUUCUUUCUGUACCAACCUAUUCUGUCUUAACUGUCGCAGUCCUUUUAAUGACUAUAGUGGUGCCUCCCAUCAUCAAUAUCAUAUACAAGCCCAGAAAGCAUUUUGAACAAACCAAGCUAAAGACUAUACAAAAGCUAAGACUUGAUGCAGAGCUCAGGAUUCUAGCAUGUGUUCACAAUACUCGCCAGGCUACGGGGAUUAUCAGCCUCAUUGAAUCUUUCAAUGCCACCAGACUUUCACCAAUACAUGUUUUUUCACUUUACCUCGUUGAGCUCACAGGACGUGCUGGUGCACUUGUUGCUGCUUAUUUGGAGAAGCCUAGUGGCCAGCCUGGAGCACAAAAUCUUACAAAAUCUCAAGAAGAGCUAGAAAGAAUUAACAAUAGCUUUGAAGCAUUUGGAGAGGCAUAUGAUGCUGUUAGAGUCCAAACCUUAAAUGUUGUGUCAGACUAUGAAACCAUUCAUGAGGAUGUAUUCAACUCGGCUAACGAAAAGCACACAAGCUUGAUUAUCCUUCCAUUCCACAAACAACUAAGUUCAGAAUGUGUGCUAAAAACAACCAGUAUUGCGUACAGAGAUAUAAACCUGAAUGUGAUGCAAGGUGCACCUUGCUCUGUGGGGAUCUUUGUUGAUCGUGAUAUUGGUCCGCUACCAAAAUUGAAAUUUUGUAUUUGUGUGAUCUUUGUUGGAGGUCCAGACGAUCGUGAAGCCCUAGCUAUUGCAUGGAGGAUGGCCGGGCACCCUGGAACACGAUUAUCAGUGGUUCGAAUGCUCUUAUUUGAUAAAGCUGCCGAAGUAGACACCCCAAGUCACGCUGAACCACAAGGAAUACUAUCUGUUGAAAUGGAUAAUGAUAAGCAGAAGGAUUUAGAUGACGAGUAUGUGAAUUUCUUUAGACUAAUAGGAGUGAACAACAAUGAUUCUAUAUCCUAUUCAGAGGUUGAUGUUCAUUCAGUUGAAGAUAUUACCUCAGUACUCAAUGCGAUAGAAAAAUUUGGCUACAAUUUAUACAUAGUUGGACAAGGGAAUCAUAGGAACUCUCAGGUUUUCUCAAAUUUAUUAGAAUGGUGCGAUUGUUUAGAACUUGGAGUAUUAGGGGAUAUGUUGGCAUCAGAAAAUUUUGGUUUGCGCUCAUCUGUGCUAGUUGUGCAACAAUAUGGGUAUGGAGGAUUGAUUUCGGGAAAGCAAUCCAACCAUGUGACUGCUAAUAACAAUGGUUUUGAGACACUUGCGUGAAGACUGAAUAAGCAUAAUGGUUGUUGAGGAACUAACUUGAACACCAUGAAAAUCUUGCUUAAUUUGCUUAUGAAAAUUCAAGCAAGUUUGAGAAAAUACUAAGAUUUUGUUCUGUAUUUAGAUUUGGUACCCGACAUAUUGAUUAGUGGAUGCUUCUGGUGUUUUAUUUUUGGUUGCUACAAUGCUAAACAUGACUCCAUUUGUAUCCAAUAACAUAAAAACAAAAAGUCUUUCUUUC